CGUUCACGAGUCGCAAAACGCCGACCGCGUACACGGUGAAAUACGCGGUAUCGUAUUAAUAUUAGUCGUUCGCGCAAACGGAACACACGGCCCUUGCGCGCGGCUUCGAAAACCACCGACUCCGCUGUACAUCAGACGUGCCCCCCGGGCCGCCCGUGUCUCCCCGCGCCGCACGACCGACGCCGCCGCCGCCGCCGCCAAAACAUGUUCGUGUCCGCCGCCACCGCACCGUGGAUCGCCGUCGUCGCCGCGGCGAUCGUUCUGUGCGCAAACACCGGUGAGCGUAUUACAUUAUACUUCACAAUGUCAUAUAAUAGCUGGUAUUAUGUAUAAAUGCACAAAUAUCCGAUAUAAUAUAAAAUAUAUAUUUAAAUAGAGUAUACAUGAGAGAGAGUGAGGGAGAGGGUGCCGCGGUCGACCAAAAAUUCGUCUCGUCGAUUCCGGAAUACGUACGUUUUAUUUGGAAUUUUUUAGCUAUAAACGUCGUUUAUCUUAAAUCCCGUAUUGCGGAGAAAAUAUCUGUUUGUUUAUUAAUGGAGAAAUUCUGUCGUGAUUAUAGAUUUGCAGCGUACUGGUGUUUACGUGUCUUAUUACUACACAAAAGUCGUUUACGGGCAAUCGCCCGUAUAAACGUUUAUUGUACGACAUUUUUUCUAGUGACGAUUGUAGUUUUAUUGUUUACAGUUUUUAGGUUAAUCUUCUUAUUGUUUUUUCGUAAUUUUUGGUACUUUUUUUGGGGGGGGUCCUUCAAUUUUUCUCUACGUAUUAACGUAUCUAUAAUCGACAUUUGUAAGCAAUCCCGGUACGUAUACUAUGUAUAAAAGUCAACGGAUUCUGUCUGCGCAGAACACACCGAAUUUGAGAGAAUAAAGAAAUCUGUGCACUGCGUCAGUAUAUCAUAGUCUGUGGUGAGUUCAUACACAUCAAGUUUUCCCGGGAGUGCGAAUAAUCGCCAAUUCUAAAAAUCCCGCACCGACAAAGUAAACAGGACAAAACAAAGUACAAACGCAGUUUUCUGGACACCUUUUCCUUCACGAUUUACCUGGUUCAGGACGGCAGAGUGUACAGGAUAAUAAUAAUGAACGGGCGUGUUAAAAAAUCAUUAAAGAAAGUUGCAAAACACAAAAGCAGAUUACACGAUUUGUACUUGGCCGUGUGGUCUUAAUGGAUGAAACCAUGAAAGAAGACGCAAACGUUUUGCCGGAUCAUUUUUUUACUUCCGGAAUUCGGACCAUGAACUAAACACCUCUUAGCCCUCCCCCCCUCCAAUAAUCCAACGCAAAUCGAAUUGUACAUUUAUAUUUUAUUUAUUAUUUUUGUUGUGAAUUGUACUAUGAUAUCGGCUUAAACGAAUGUCGUGUGAUUUUAAAUAAUUAUUAUAAGUGGGUAUUUGUGCAUAUUUAGUAGAAAAAAAUAGUAUUGACACAGUAUUUUCACUGGAAACUGUGACCGUCUAUAGUCCCUAUAUUAUAAAUAGUCGUGUAACAAAAUUUGAUAAUAAACUUUCUGUUAAAAUUCGGGCCCUUAUUGGCAGGGUAAUAUUUAAAUAAGUAUAAUAUGCAAGUUAUAAAGUUAUAAACAUUUCUCUGUGAUUUAUUAUAAUGACCUCCACGGCCUCUGUACGUUGUUACGCUAUUAUAUUGCCUAACAUAUUCAUUAUAUUCAAUUACUUCCACUAUAAAUAAUUAUAACUCAAACGUGUUUUACAAAAUACAAUGUUUAUGCAUGCUAGAAUAUGAAUUAAGAAUAUAGGUUGGUUUAAAUUAGAUACCUAUAUAUAUAUAUAUAUAUAUAUAUAACAUUUUACUUGUACAAAAAAAAAAAAAACAAACAAAAACUAAACUAAAAUGAAAAAUAAAAAAAGUAAACGAGUUUUAAAACUAUUUCCGAUUACUAUAUUAUAUUAGAUCGGUGAUAUUUACGAUGUGCCAUCAUACAUCUGAUUUUCAAACAGAGAAAGGAGGACUAAAUGAAAAAAAUACCUUACGUAUACAUGUUUUUUGGAAGUAUUGGUUUCCAGUACGGGUGUUUGAUUGAGAAUAAUUAUUUCAUACCACAAUUCGCAGAAAAUUAUUACAACUAUUACAACCAUUACUCUAACAAUUUUAUCGGGUGUUUUCUAGUUGAGGUCAAAAUCAAAAAAAUACAUACUAGUUGAAAUCAACUAAAAAAAAAAAGUUACCUACUAGUUACAGUCGCCCAAAUAAAAGGUUAUAUACCUUAAAAAUGUUAUUAAAAAAUAUCAUUUAAAUGUUUGGUUUUUUUUUUUUUUUUAUAAAAUUAUGAAAAUUUUUAUUGUAUAUUUAACGAUACAAAUUUGAUCGCUAUUCAAUACUACAGAGUGCAGAUAAGUAUUGGUGUUCCUACAUAUAUUAUUUACGUAGAUAGAUUGUAUUUUAAAAUAUGUUUAUCGUCACAAAAAUGAUAUUGAUAAUAGUUAUUUGUCAGUUUAAUUUGACAUUUUAUUCAAUAAAAAUUCUAAUAUCGAGUUUUUUUUGAAAACAAUUUUAACAUCACAUUUUGAAAAUGUGCUUGAAAACUGACUAUUUUUAGAACUGUUAAAUUUUUGAAUAUAAGGGACGCUGUUAGCAAAUUUGUUCAUUAUUUAUGAAUUUAUUCGUUUAUUUAUACUAGAAAAACAUAAAUCAAAUAAAAUUAAUUGAAACUUACUUCUAAUUCGUACUACGAUUUAUGAUAGCUAUAGUGGGCAGGUAUGGAUAUCGGCCCAUACAAACAGUUUAAAUCAUGACCAGUAAACUCACUGCGCAGAAGUUAAAUUAACGAUUAGCGUUACCAUUGGAAUUAUUUCAGUUUAUCAAUCAUGUUUUAACAGCAGUGUUAUCUCAUUAAAUUAUAUUAUAAUCUAAUUUCUAAUAUCAUUAAUAAAAUAAAAUAGUAAUCGUGAAUUUUAUUUAAGUAAACUUAGCUUGUUUGAAAAUUUGAAAAUCAUUAAAUAAUUGUGUCCCGAAAUAUACUAAAAUAUGUUGUAGUUCCUUUGGUGUUCCGGAAAAUGAGCGGCAAUCGUUGAAAAAAUCAUCAGGUGUCAAAUGAGAGAGAAAAUUUUAGCGUGUGAAAAAAAAAUGCCAAAGCUGAAGAUAUUAUGACCGAAUGGUUUUCUAGCUCUAAAGUAAAUAAUAAUUAAACGGUUUUUGUCAUUAAUCUAUAUGCAAACAUUUUUUACAUAACUAGGUAAAUAAGUAUAUUUGUCAUCAGACAAAUACACUUAACACUAUACAUUUAUCGGUCAAUUUAACGAUAAAUCAUGUUACAUUAACAUUAUGACAUUUACAAUUUUCCAUAUUGUAUAAUAAUUAUGCGUAUGAGACAAUUUAAGUAUAUGCAAUGUCAAAUUGAUUAAAAGGAAAUUACAAUUUUAAAAAACCAUAAAAAUUAGUAAUAAGUAAGUUGAGUAAUAUGAAUAAAAUUGAUUUGUUUUUUUAAUUUUUUAAUUAUUUUUUUAUUUAAACCGAAAGAAAAACCACGUCCAUAACAAUAUAAUUCUACGUAUAUAUUUGACAAAAAUCUUGUAGACAUAGGUCCAACAAAAAUGAAUUAUCAAAUUGGCAAACUGCAUUGUAUUACAAAAAAAAAACUAUCAAUACAAUAAAAUAUAUUGUCAAGCCAAAAAAAUAAAAUAAAAUAAUCACUGAUAUUCAAACCAGUCACUAGUCUAUUCUUAUUGCUUCCUAACCUAACACCUAACCUAUCGAGAUAAGUGCCUACUAUUAUACUACCUAUUAUUGAAAUCCAUGAUCGUAUUGGAGGUAUAAAAGUAAAAUAGGUAUGUAAGUAUAUGUACAUGAUUAGGUAUUUCAGUGUUUAAGUACCUGAUAUUUUUGGCAUUGAUAUAAAUAAGAGGCUUUAAAGUUUAACCUUCCCUAAUAAACUUCAGCUAAGCAACUCCUUCAAAUAACAACCUCAUAACGUGUAAGUACUAAAUAUAAUAUACAAGUUCAAUUAAUAUUAUGGGAAGAUUGAAACCCCGUCCCGCCCAAAAUAAAAUAACGAGCUAUUUAUUGUCGUAAUAAUUUUUUACUAUUGUUAUACUAUUAUGAUGUACAAUAAAGAUACUUAUCUAUAUUUUAACAGAAAAACACUAACAUAAACUAUUUAGAACAAUUUGUGUUAUAAAUAUUAUCAUACAAGUAUAAAUAAUAUCGAAUUAUUGUUCAAAUCAUAUAAUAUUUUCCGUAAACUAUGAAAACUUUUAUCAACGAAUAUUUAAAUAAUAAAAGUACUUCUGUAUAUAAAGAGCCAUAUAUCAGAAGAUCCACAUGGAUAAAAACACAAUUAUUUAUUCUGGGAUCUUGUAUCAACUAUUAUUUUGAAUGGGUGAAUUGGUUUAUUUUAUUUGACUGAAUUUCUAUAAAUUCUUCUAUUUUAGCAACUAAAUUCUGGUGGUUAUAUAUAUUUUUUAUAAUUAUUAAUUUAACAGCUGGUGAUCCAUUUAAUUGGGUACACUCAUUAUCUCGGAAAGUUUUUCUAACUUUUUCGGGAAUUUGUUUUCUAGAAAAUUUAAGAAACAAGCGACUCUACAAUUUUAUAUUUAUGUUAUUUUUUGUCACUUUUAUUUUUGGGGUUAAAACCACUACCUACUGUUGAUUUUCAAAUGACGACCUGUAGGUAAUAAAAAUUCCAUAAAUAGAUGGAGUAUGAGUUAAAAUAAAUUUUAGUGUUGAAAUGUUUAACUUACGUCAAGCCGUUAAUGAGAUAUUCUACUUUUAAUUUUGGGUUGGAGGAGAGUAGUGGAGUAUCAUUUGUGUGGCGAUACGUUGCACGGCAGGUUAACGUUGCACCGCUACUCUCUUCCAAACCAAACUUAAAAGUGGUAUAUCUCGUCAAAGGCUUGACAGAAAUUAAAAAUGUCAACACUAAAAUUUAUUUUAACUAAUAUAUAAUAAUAAUUUAUUUAUGGACUUUUUAAUAUAGGUUGCCAUUUUAAAAUCAAAAGUAGGUAGUGGUUUUACCUCCAAAAAUAAGAGUGACAAAAAAUAAUACACAUAUAAAAUUGUAGAGCUGCUUGUUUCUUAAAUGUUUUAGAAAAAAAAUUCAGGACAAAUUUAAUAUUUUCCGAAAUAAUGAGUGUACCCACUUAAAUGGAUCACUCGGUAUUGUGAUUGUUAUAUUAUUGUUAAUUAAACUAAUGGUAAAAUACGCAUAUUUGUACUAUUACCGUAAUAAAGUGCUUGUCAAAUUGAUAACUAAUAUUGUACAAUUCACAAACGUGGAAUGAUUGUGAAUCAUAUAUACUCAUCAAUAACAGCUUUACGAAUCUUUAUGAAGCAUUAUGAAAAAUUGCAUGUGAUUAAAACAAUAAAAUAAAUUAUUAUUUCUAAUAAAUAUCUUGUAAAUACAACAACAUAUUAUCCAGCUAAUAAAUUUCAUUUUGUUAACUGCUAAUAAUUCUUAAUUGUUAAAUUUACCAGUGCUUUUUCUUUCGUUGUACUAAUUAUUAAUUAAUGUUUUUUCUUUCUUCUUAUACUAUGUUAAUAAAUAAUAAUAUAUUAAUACAAUUGUCCAAUUAGUUGAAUCGUUGCAUUUCAUUUAUGGUGCAUUACUUAUUUUAUUAAUAAUAAUCAUCAUUCAUAUUCCACUCCAUAAGUAAUAACAUCUAUUUUUGCCACUGCGACGCAAACAACUAGUUUACUUAACAUAUACCUAUUAUAGUAUAGUUAGUAUGUUUACCGGAUAUUGUAUUGCACCUCGGCAUCCAGACCUGUAUAUCUUAAAACUUGAUUCGUACCUACUUUUAGUAAUGUUUAUAGUAAUCAAAUAUUUACUAUAGUAGGUAGGUAAGUAGUUAUCUGUCUGUCUAAUAAUAGUGUAAAAAUACUUUGGUUCAUGCACUAGUGAUAAACACGCAGUCAGUGUACGAGGGUACAAAUUGCCAUUUUUGUUUUGAUAGAGGUCAAACGCUCGUAUACCACUACGGUAUACAGAUAACACUGCCAAACCAUUUAAUCGAUCUUGUAAAAUAUGUUAUUAAACUCUAAAUUUCAAAUUUGGCACACAACAACAAUAUUAUAUGAGUAAAUAAUACAAAAAGAGGUGUUGAACGCCUAAACACCUCUCCCCUAUGUGUAAUGGUUCUCAAACACUUCACUGUUGUGAUACAAUUUAAUAAUAUUAUAAUUAACUAGGUAUUAUAGUUUAUAUGACACACUCGAUAAAUAUUCUUGUCUACUUGUCAAUAAUAACCAAUUAUUUAGGCUUCCGAGAACUGCAACCAGUAUGCCACACAAUGGUCUGAAAACAACAAUAUUGGCUUUUAACUUCUUUGUCGUGUUUUUAUAAUUUAAAAAUCGUAAAUUUGAAUGCUAAUUAUUUUUAUUGGAAUAUUCUGGAAGGUAAUACAUGCAUUUUGAGAUUUACUAGUUGACUGGGUAUCAAGUGAGAUAAAAAUGAGCGGUUUGAUUAUCUACAUUAUGUGUACGUUGGUUUUUUUUUCGAUAUUUUAAUUUUUAAACGAUGUACAAAGAUAUUUAAAUUGUAAUACUUCGCAUGCUCACGUCUUGCUUAAAAAUUAAAAUAUCGGGGAAAAAACGUACAAACACGGAUAAUAUUCUUAUCUUUCAGUUUGAUAAUAAAUCAAUUCACUCUAAUAUUAAAAUAAACAGCACAAAAUUGGUUAUAUUGAAUGACAAUUUAAAAACAACCAAUUUUCAACAUUAUCCGUACCAUAUAUUUACAUCUUUACCGGAUAAUUUCAAUUUUCACGCGUCAAAAUAAUCUAUUGAAUGUGUUUUUUCCACAAAUUCACAUAUAUUGUAUUAUUUUACAGAGAAUUAUGAUAGCUUUUUUCCUUUAUAUUUUAUAGUUAUAAUUUAAAAUUUAAUAUAAAAAACAUGUUUUCCUUUAUUUUUUUGUUUUUACAUACACUCUAUAUCGUAAGUUACGUAAAUUACGUAGAUCUCACGCAAUUUUUAAUGUACACGUUGAUUAUAACACCUAAUAUUUUAUAUAAAUGUGAAAUUAAUGGAGGCGAUUACAUUUUUGACAAUUUAAUAUUUUGAAUAACUUUAAAAUGACUAAUAAUACAUUUUUUUUUAUAAAAAUCUUUAAACGUCUUUCUUUUUUUUGUUCACUCAUUUUGAGAAAAAAAAUACUAACAGGCAUACAUAUUAAAAGCUGAAACAGUGAAACAUAAGACAUGAAAUACUUCAUAGUUUUAAGAACGUGAAAUCGAGUAAUUUAAUUAUUAAAAAGAUUUAAGGCAAUAUGUAAUCUGAACAAUAAAUUUAUGGUGAUAACUGAUAACACAUAUUUUGGCGGUACAAUGUUGAUAAAAAUAACAAUUAUUAUGAAUUAAGAUAUUAUUUGAAGAGAGUGCAGAUAUGUAUAACAUACGUAUAUUCAAUGUUGAGAAUUAUCUACAUACAAUUUUUUUAUUUAAUUUUCUUACCUAGAUAAAAAUAAUUAAAUUAUCUAAUUAUUACGUCUUGGUAAUUUUAACGUUUAUCUUUGUUAAUUUUAUAUAGACAAAUAAUAUACAAAUUUUGAAAUAAUGAAAUAGCCAAUCAUUUUGCGAAGUACCGACGUGAUUCCAAUGUUAUUGUAAUAGUCCAAUAAUUUAACGUUUUUGUGUUUAUAUAUUUUAGAUUUUGAAUGAAGCGAAAAGUGUAUUGAUUUUACAAUGAUGUUUAUUUAUUUUUAUUUAAAACAAAUUGGUGUUAUAUUUUAUCUUAUCGGGAUAUAAUAUGUUGAAUGAAUUAUCUGUUAUCUUAGGCAGAUGCUUUGUUGGUUAUAUUUUCCCAAUAUUCCGGUAUAUAUUAUCUAUAUCUGUGGAGUGCAUACAGACCCGAUCAUCCGAAUACUGAUAAGAAACAUAAUCAUAUUAUUAUGAAUAAUUAAUUUAUUACGUUGGGAUUGAAACGUAAAUAGUAUACAAAUUCCAAUUAUAAUUUUGUUACAAAACAUACUUGUUUGAUAAAUAAAAAAGAAAUUACUUAGCUGAUAUUUGUAUUUGAUUUUUUGCUGGUGAAAGUGUUACAUUUACACCAAUCAAUUUAUAUAUAAUAUUUGUUUCGUUUGUUUUUAUGUUUCUAUAAUAUUUUGUUAACUUAUUAUAUAAACUACUACGUUGUUACAGUUUAAUAUUGUAUUUAUAAUAAUAGGACCUCGUGUCUAUGUAUACAUAUGUAUACUCAUAAUAUGAAAAAUAAAAUAAAAUAAUUUACCUAUCAUAAAUUUUAAAUUUACCAUCAAAAUAUUCCAAUGAAAAAUAAUUAGCAAUACAUUUUGCUAUUUUUAAAAGUGAGUUUUUAAUAAUUUGGUUCAGACCAGUGUACUGGUACAUUGCAGUGUUUGUUGUGGUUGAUAACAAAAUCGAAAGAUUUUUUCGAGUCUAACAUGAAGAUAUGCGAAUAUGAUUGUCGUCGAUUUUUCUUCGAACUGAACAUUAAACCUUUUUUUUUUUCAUUUUAUCUGUGCUUGUUAGUAUCCAUUUGUAUUAAUUUCACGGUGUAUUCAAAUUAAAACAAAUUAUCGAGUUUUCGUGGCACGUAAUAUGGAUAUGAUAAUAUUUAAGCAAAUCAUUUUCCACCAUAUUUGUGGGAAUAAUAAUAUUAUCACAUAUCAAUAAUAAAGGACAUUAUAGUAUUAAUACUAUACAAGAUACAAGAGUGAUAGAUAGAGAGAGAGAGACAGAGAGAGAUACUGACUUAUUACUCAUCUCUUGUCACUACAGUUGGCUGCAAUGUAGUACCUAUAUAAUACUGUAUACAGUUCUAUAUCUUUGGUCCCAGGAAAGAAGGGCUUAAGUAAAUUUCAUAUACUUUUCAAUACAAGCAAAUUAAAUGUUUAAAAUUAUUAAUAGCAUAAUAAUAUUAUUAUUUAUGAUUUAACUAAGAAAUGGUCCAAUCUAAAUAUGACCGUCUAAAUGACUAUUAAGUUAUAUAAUUGUAUGACGCUAAAUCAUUAAAUGAUAUUAAACAAAAUAAUAACAAAUAUUAUUAUAUUAUAAUUUAAAUAUAUAUUUAUUACAUUUUAUAUCAAACUAAAGUAUAUAUGUACAAACGAACAUGUACAGUGAAUUAGGAUAUUUUAAUUUUCAGUAUAACAUUUGUUCAAAUAUACAUACACUAUACAGAUGCCAUUUAGAUUAAAAUAAUAAAGGGCGGAAAAUUCCAAAAGACAAAAUUAUAAAAAAAAUUACCGUACAUUUUCUUGAUUCCUUCUUCCUUGGGACCAAAGAAUUAUAGUGACGAUAAUCAAUAUUGAAUUUCAUCACUAUAUAGUUAAAUAUAUAGUUAUAAGUUAAAUAUCAUAACGGUUUAAUUAAAAAAAAAUUUGAUACAAUAUAGUUAUGUUAGUAUUUGUAUUUCCAGUUGAGUCAGAUGCCAACAUAAAGUGUUACGUGUGCAACAGUCAUAAUGACACGAAUUGUGCCCAGGAAAAACUUCCCGAUCAUUUCAAAAUGGAAUGCUCGAAGUUGAACACUAAAUCAGACACCAAAAACUAUACCCUAUGCAGAAAGAUAAUACAAACAAUCGAGCCGGAGGUCAACGGAUGUGAGUAAAUUGCCAGUCACUAUUAUAUACCUACCUAUACUGUAUAUAUUGGACUUUAUUUUAUGAAGGGGACAAUAAUUAAACAAUAUAUUAUCAUAGAGAUGAUGGUGAAUGAAUUUAAAUUAUGCAGGAUACUUAUAUACCGCUCUGAAAUAAUAAAUGCACGUUUUAUAUCGUCACAAGUCAGUAAUACAUAAUUUGCACCUACAAUUAUAUAUUGUGGUUAAUAAUUUAUAUGUUUAAAUAUAUAUACAUUUUUUUAACGUGGACUAGUAUUAUAGUCAAGCGAGCACACCGAUAUAAUUAUUUUAAUUUAAAAUUUAUUAUAAAAUAGAGAAAUACGCAGUAAAUAUUUGUAUAUCAUAAUAUUUAUUUAAGUUCUGAGCGAAGCGAGAAGUUAAUAUGACGUGACCAGAAAUAUUUCUCUAAUCAAAAACAUUAUAUGACCUUUCUUGUAGAAUUUUUGAUUUAGUUAGAUAGGAGGUUAUUUUUUAAUUUUAUCUUGUAAAAAGUUAGUUUUCUUAAUAAAUGGGAGAAACUGGAAAUGUUUUGUAUAGUAAUAUAAUAAAAUUAUGAAAUAAAUAAAUAUGACAACAAAUUAUACGAUAAAUUCAUAGUUCACUAAUAAUAAACCUAUACUAAAAGUCGCGAAAUAUUGAUUAAGUGUAAUACGAAUGUUAUAAUUACUGACUAGAUUUAUAUGCUUUUUAAAUCUCCAAAAAAGCACUUGAAAACGUCAAAAAAUCAUUGAAAAAACAAAAAUAAUAGAUGGGUUUAAAAAUCCUCCUCUACCUGAUUCAACUUAUUAGUACAAUUUUCUAACACUACAAACAUUUUUUAAUAAAAAAUAAUUUUUUUUUUUAUAAUUCAUACGAUUUUAUUUAAAAGAAAUUAUUCUAUAUGAACCAAUUUUGUAGUGUUAGGAAAUUUAAUUUAAUAAGUUCGAGCCAUUAUUAGUGGGGGACUUUUAAACUCUUCUAUUAAUUUUGCUUUUUAAAUGUUUGUGUAUGAUUUUUUUCCGCAAUUUUUUGAUAUUUUAAAACGCCUUUUUGAGGAUUAUCAGAGAAUAUAAAUCCAUUCUCUAGUUAUAAUACUAUAAAUAAAUUAAAAAACAUUUAAACAAAUCAAUUUCAAGUAUAUGAGUUAAAUAGUUGUAUUAUUUCACAUGUAGACUGUAAUAUUAUGGCAGUGUACGAGUAGGCUUAGCUAUAUAGGUUUUCAAAACAUCUGUACGAUGUUGUUUGAAUUACAAUAGAGGGAAUCGGAGUGCACUGACACUUAAACGCACUGUGUGCCACAUUCAGGCAGCACGUGGCGUUACAUAUUAUAAGUAGUAUUUUAUUAUUAUAGCCUUCGUAGUUUUAAACCCUUUUGGAUUCUAAACAAAUUGAGGAAUGUAUUAUAAUUUUUAACAUAUAAUAUGGGUUUUUAUUUUAUUUUAAUUUUUGAAUGUAAAAAUAGUUCGACAUCUGCAGGUAUAAUUAUUUCUGAUAGCAAAUUUUAUGAAUUUCAGAGGUAAUUUAUAGCAACUCUAAACCAGUUUCCCGAAAUUAAACUCUAAAAGCGUGAUUGACAUUGAUUUGUUUUUAAUAUUCUUGGAAAGAAAAUUCAAAUAAUUUUUUAUUUAUGGGUUGAUGUUAUGGAUAAAAAAUCAGUUACUAUAUUAAUAGAUUUAGUUAUUAUGCAUCGUCAAGUACCCUUUCAAAAAAAAAAAAAAUUUCUGGGCAACAACGGUUAUCCAUAGAUAACAGAAAAAUAGAUGACCGACUCGUCUGAAAAAUUAGUUCUGCUGCCUGCCGCGUUGAUUGACUUUUCUAUUAUCUAUGAAUGACUUGUACAACACUAUAAUAUACGUAUAAUAUUACAGAAAUAGAAUUUAAACCAUGUUUAUCUUUCUUUUGUAUUCAUGGUAACUAAAUAUUUGAAGAGCUCUUAGUGUUCGGACUUGUACCAAGCUAGAGGAACUGAUUUUUUUGUAUGCGGAAUCGAAUUGGUCUAUAGUUAGCUACAAUAGGAAUGGGGUGGACACGUUUAGUCACGGGGGGAGACAUGUUUUGUAUAUUUUUAAACAAUUUGUUUUCGUUCAAUACUGUGUGCAAGGGCAAAGCCGUGCACAAAUAUCUAUUUUAAAUAGGUUUACUAAAGUUGCAGUAUAAAUGCAUGAUGCAUAUACUGUGUAGUGUGUAGAUACUAUUUCUACGAGGGCGUAGAUAUCUAUAAAUAAAAAAAAAAAAAAAUUAUAAAAUAAAUACGCGAAUGUGGAAAAAUUCCAAAUACAACGUUGAUAUAAAACACUUUUUUUUUUCUGCUUACAGUGCCGUCGGACAAAAAUCGAAUUAUAAGAACAUGCGGCUGGGACGCGUCGAAUUACAACAACAAAUGUUACCACAGAUCUGGCUUUGGCGGUAAACAAGACGUGUGUACCUGCACGACGGAUUAUUGCAACUCGGCGCAAAAAACAUACAUAGCGUUUGCUACCUUGGCGGCAGCAAUGUUCGCGAUCCUUACUUUGUAGAAACGAACAAAUAACACUAUAUUAAAAUAUGCAUUAUUAAAUUAUUCUUCCAAUUUACUUGCGAAUGCGAGUAUUUUGAAUUAAAACAAAUAAUUAAUUAUAUUGUAAUGUAACAUAAAUAAUUUUGAUAAUAUACCACGGUGAUACAAACAAAAUAAGUGCAGGGAUCUAAAUAACUGCAAUACCUAUAUGAUAUACAAACAAGAAUAAUAUAUUGUUUUUAUUAGUUGCAGUGAUACAAAACGUAAACACGUAAAACGAUACACCGUUAUAUUUUAAAUUUUUC